AUGACCACGGUCCACACGACCACGGAACACUCGACCACAGCUCACCCGACCACAGUUCAUCCGACCACACACCAUCCCGAGACCAGUUCCAGCGACGGCGCUUCGUUGCCGGUCGUCGAUAAGGCGGACCCUUCGAACCAUAUCGAACAGGUCCACACCAAUGAGAGGGUUCCGGGCCAUCCAGGAUAUUACGAGAAAGAUGGUCUGCGGACCUAUGGCGACGAUGAGGACCACGACCAUGAACCUCCUAUGACCUCGAAAAGAAUUUGCGCCUUAGUUGCCCAAGCCUUCCUGUGGACUGGCUCCCAAAUUCCGGUGUACAUCCUUGGCGGCAUCCCACCAUAUAUCUACAGUGAUAUCGGUGGUGUUACCAGUUGGAUUUGGUUCGUCCUGGCAUAUCUCCUGGCUCUUGCUGCCAUUUGCCCAUUCGUUGGCUCCAUCUCCGAUCUCGUCGGCAGGAGAUAUGUUGCACUCGGUGGUUCAGGCUUGCUUGUCAUUGCCAUGAUCAUCUGCGGAACAGCACACAAGAUGAACAUUUUUAUCAUGGGCAUGGCUUUCUCAGGAGUGGGUGCCGGUAUUUGCGAGUUGACUUCACUGGCUGUCACUGCCGAGCUGGCUCCGACCCGAAAACGAGGCAAAUAUGUGGCCAUCCUCGUCUUCACCAUCAUCCCUUUCUGCCCAUCCGUCCUGUGGGGUCAGCUGAUCGCCUACCAUGCCGGCUGGAGAUGGUGCACCCUCUUUUGCGGACUCUGGGCUGCUAUUGGUUUCUUCGGCACCUUGUUCUUCUACUUCCCACCACCUCGACCCAACUCACGUGGCUUGACUAAGAAGGAAGUCAUUGGCGAGAUCGACUUCGUUGGCGGUGGCCUCUCCAUCAUUGGCAUGAUCCUGUUCUUGGCCGGCUUGCAAUGGGGUGGCUACCAGUACCCGUGGGGCUCCGCGCAUGUGCUGGCUCCCCUUAUCAUCGGAUUGUUGUUCCUCUUCGUCCUUUUCCCCAUCUGGGAAAUCAAGUUCGCCAAAUUCCCCAUGUUCCCAUCUCGAAUGAAGCAAGAAGCCCGGAUCCUCACCUUGACAUUGAUCAUCACCGCCAUUUCAGGCGCCAACUUCUUCUCCAUCAUCAUGUUCUGGCCGACUCAAGCUUUCAACGUCUAUGGCCACGACCCAAUCGGAGUCGGCAUUCGAGGUAUCCCCGUUGGUUUCAGCAUCCUGGCAGGUGCCUGCAUUGUUCUGUGGCUCCUGUCUGUCUUCCGAGGACAUAACCGUGAGCUGAUGAUCUUUUCGUCGAUACUAAUGACCGCCGGCUGUGGCGCGCUUGCAAGCGCAACAAGAUUUAACCUCCACACCUUGUGGGGUCUUUUGAUCCUCGCUGGUUUGGGUAUCGGUGGCAUCGUUGUCCCUGCGUCCAUCAUCACCACGAUCAUCUGUCCCGACGACAUUAUUGCAACCGUCGCCGCCCUCACCUUGUCAAUCCGGGUCAUUGGUGGCUGCAUCGGUUACACCGUCUACUACAAUGUCUUCCUCAACAAGUUCGUCCCCAAUGUCACCAAGUAUGUUGGAGGAGUGAUGGAGUUGGAAUUGGGUAUCACCAACAUUACCUACAUCACCGACGCCAUUGAGCUCACCGGAGCCAGUCUGCUUGACGGCAUCAAGCUGAUUCCUGGUAUCGCUGGCAACGACACCGCAUACGAGAUGGUGGUGCUUGCUGGUCAAGUUGCAUAUGCUGAGAGUUACAAGUAUGUGUAUCUGACCAGCAUUGCUUUUGGCUCAAUUGCCAUCAUUGCCAGCAUUUUCCUGGGCAAUAUCAACAAGUAUAUGGAUGACCAUGUCGCUGUGGUCAUGCAUUAA